AUGGAGCACUCACCGGCUUACUCACCCGCCGUCUGCAUUCGGCUGAUCAACGACAUGGCUGCGACUCAAGACCAUCACUGUUCCUUGUGUUCGUUUCUCAACGGACAAGACCAUAACUGCCAGCAUGAAAAAGCGAGCAAUGCCAUCUUACGUACCGCAACGCCAUUCUCAGACUGCUCAUUCUACACAGCCCAGAGCGACGUCUCGGAGGAUGAUUCAGGCUCCCUCAGCUCGCGAAGCUCAUCGAGUACCAUAAAGGCCAGGAUCCAAGUGUCGAAAUCCAACCUCAAAUCGCAUGCGCUGCGCAGGACUUCGUCACCACAGAAGUGCUCACUGCGUGAGCUCCAUCAUCAGCACGAAUCGCAAUGUCAACUGCGACAGCAAGAGUCGGAAGAGAGGCUGCAGCAAGUGUACGAGUCGCAGAUCUUGGCGUACUUGAACUCUCAAUAUGAGGAUCUGGGAGCAAUCCCGGAGUGA